GAACAACAAAUGACCCUUAACUUCCCAUCCCAGGACAUACACAACUAUUUCAUCGCUUCUCAACAGCACGCUACGGAGGGGGGAAAAGACGAAGUGCAAAUGAAAGCCACAAACAACUUCAGCUACUUUAGAAACGACAGCAACUGUACCAGUGAUAACAAAAUCAGUCAAGUCAUUUUUCCUUUGCUUUAUACAAUUCUGUUUCUGGUGGGUAUCACCAUGAAUGGCCUGGCAACAUGGAUCUUUUUUAAAAUAUCCAGUAAAUCCAAUUUCAUCAUCUUCCUCAAGAACACAGUAAUUUCUGACAUCCUCAUGGUCCUAACUUUUCCAUUUAAAAUCCUUAGUGAUGCAAAGCUGGUACCAUGGGUACUGAGAGGAUUUGUAUGCCAGGUCACCCAGGUUGUGUUUUACUUCACCAUGUACAUUAGCAUUUUGUUUCUUGGUCUAAUAACUGUUGAUCGCUAUCAGAAAGCCACUUCGCCAUUCAGAACACCAACCACAAGGAGCCUUUUAGGUGCCAAGAUCCUGUCCACUGCAAUUUGGAUAUCAAUGUUUACUCUUUCAUUACCCAAUAUGAUUCUAACAAACAAGAAAAAGACAUCUAAAAACGUAAAGAAGUGUGCUCUCUUGAAAUCCGAGUUCGGCUUAGUGUGGCAUGAAACUGUAAACUACAUUUGUCAAUUGAUCUUCUGGGUUAAUUUAGCAGUCAUAGUUGUAUGUUAUAUACUCAUAACCAAAGAACUCUACAAAUCCUAUAAAAGGACAAAAUGCACAGGAAAAGCAGCAUCCAAAAAGACUGUAAAUCUGAAGGUUUUUAUCAUUAUCGCAGUGUUCUUUAUUUGUUUUGUGCCUUUCCAUUUUACUAGAAUUCCCUACACUUUGAGCCAAACAAGACAUGUUUUUGAAUGCUCUGCUCAGACGACCUUGUUUUACUUGAAAGAGAGCACACUCUGGCUGACAUCGCUAAAUGCCUGUCUAGACCCAUUCAUUUACUUUUUUCUUUGCAAAUCCUUUAGAAAGUCCUUGCUAAACAUGCUGUGCAAACACACAAUGCCGUCAGAACUCAGAACGCGGACUGCACAGCAGAAUGAAAGAGAUGACACAGGGGAGACUCCGUUAUAG